AUACAUGGUCCUUCGACCUUCUUUCCCCUGUCUUAUUAUUAUUAUUUUUUAAAAUCUCAUUUGCUCUUUCAUUGCGAUUUUAGAGAGUUUUGGUUAAGAGGGGGUUGACAUGGAAGAACGUUAUGAGCCAUUAGAGGAACUUUAUUAUUUUUUGAAUCAGCAAGUGAAGGAAUCUGGUAUUGCUAGGUUGGCUAAAGACAAAAAUACUGGCGAGCUUGUUGCUCUCAAAUACAUAGAGAGGGGCAAAAAGAUUGAUGAGAGUGUCCAGAGGGACAUAAUUAACCACAGAUCAUUAAGGCAUCCUAAUAUUAUCAGAUUCAAAGAGGUCUUGCUUACUCCUUCUCAUCUAGUCAUUGUCUUGGAGUAUGCUGCGGGUGGUGAACUCUUGAAGAGGAUACGCACCACUGGUCGAUUUAGUGAAGACGAGGCAAGAUGUUUAUUCCAACAGCUAAUAUCUGGUGUUAGCUACUGUCAUUCAAUGGAAAUUUGUCAUACAGGUCUGAAAUUGGAAAACACUCUAUUGGAUGGAAAUCCAUCCCCUCAGCUUAAAAUUUUCAAUUUUGAUUACUCCAAGUCAACAAUAUUGCACUCUCAACCAAAGGCAGCAGUUGGAUCUCCGUCAUACAUUACUCCUGAGGUUCUGUUACAAAAGGAGUACGACAGAAAGAUUGCAGAUAUGUGGUCCUGUGGUGUGACACUUUAUGUUAUGCUAGUUGGUGCAUAUCCAUUUGAAGAACCAGAAGAUCAUAGGAAUUUCAGAAAGACUAUUGGGAGAAUAAUAGGUGUUCAAUACUCCAUACCCGACGAUGUACAUAUUUCAGUCGAGUGUAGGAACCUUCUAUCUCGCAUCUUUGUUGCCGAUCCUGCCAAGAGGAUCACCAUCCCAGAGAUAAAACAGGACCCUUGGUUUUUGAAGAAUUUGCCUGAAGAGAUAAUUGAAGCUGAAAAAAAAGGUUAUGUGGAAACAAAGAUGGACCAACCAAGCCAAAAUGUAGAAGAAAUCAUGAGGAUCAUACAAGAAGCGAGGGUACAAGGAUCGAAAGCUGGCGAUGGUGGUGAAGCUGGCACCGGUUCCAUGAACGUCAGAAGAUGAGAUGACGAUGAAAUUGAUGUCAGGGAUGACUAUGAAAAUGUGUGAUUGAGGCCUUCAUUUGGUGAAUGGAUGGCAUUCUACCUUUUCUGUUGGCAUUGUAUUUGAAGUAAUUUUUAUCCAAAAAAAAAUAAAAAUAUAAGUGGUAACUAACUCAGUAAUCAGUAGUUCUAUCAUACUUAUAUA